CUUCGUUGCGCGGAAGCAUCUCGAUCCACUUGCCAUUCGUGCGCGGAAGGAGCUUUACUUGGCCGCCAUUAGUCCUUUAUCCUGGUACGUGUGGCAUCUAUAGUCCGGUUGUAGCGUGAGGGGUGAUUUAAGCGUGAAGUAUAUCACAUAAACAGAGCAAUGGAAAACGCUGCAAAUGAAAUGAACAUUAAGAAUGAAGAGGAACACGACCGGAAAGGUCAAAACCAUGCCGGGCAAAACAAUCAUCCCGGUGGCGGUCGUGGUGAAGGCCGGGGCAAUUUCGAUGGCCGAGGUGGUGGAUUUGGUGGUGGCAGAGGCAGAUUUGCGAAUCGUCCCAGAGACGACAACAGAGGCAGAAAUCCUGAUGAUCGACUGAAUGAACGGCUAGCUGCUCUGAUGGCUCCAACACAUGAUCUUCCACCAAUGGAUACAACAGAAAAAAAAUUCUCCGGCCGCUGCCGAUUAUAUAUAGGCAAUUUAACAGCUGAUGUUACUGACGAUGAAAUCAGGGAAAUGUUUAGCCCCUAUGGAGAAGUGGCUGAACAGUUUGUUAACAAGGAAAAGAACUUUGCUUUCAUACGCAUGGACUACCGUGCAAAUGCUGAAAAGGCAAAGAGAGAGCUUGAUGGGUCUCUACGUAAAGGCCGUUCAAUUAAAGUUAGGUUUGCACCACCUGGAGCUGCUAUAAAAGUUAAAAAUCUAACACCUUGGGUGUCAAAUGAACUUUUAGAGAAGGCAUUUUCAGUGUUUGGAGAUAUUGAAAGAGCUGUUGUCAUUGUGGAUGACCGAGGAAAGUCAAUGGAAGAAGGUAUAGUUGAAUUCGCCCGUAAGCCUGCAGCUCAGAUGGCUAUGCGCAGAUGUGCAGAAGGCUGCUUUUUCCUUACAGCGUCUUUGCGUCCUGUUGUUAUCGAACCAUAUGAACCAUUAGAUGACACGGAUGGCUAUCAGGAGAAAAAUCUGCCUAAGAAGAACCCAGAGUACUACAAGAUGAGAGAAGUGGGACCACGUUUUGCAACACCAGGAAGCUUUGAGUAUGAGUAUGGUACACGUUGGAAGCAACUGUAUGACUUGCACAAACAAAAGGAAGAUUCCUUGCGCCGUGAAAUGAAGAUGGAAGAAGAAAAACUUGAAGCUCAAAUGGAAUAUGCUCGCUAUGAACACGAGACAGAGAUGCUGCGUGAACAACUGCGGCAGCGUGAAUUAGACCGUGAACGACAGAAACAAGAGUGGGAAAUGAAGGAACGGCAGGUGGAAGAGCAGCGCCUGCAGAUGGAAGAGCGUAUGCGUCGCCAACAGGAAGAAAUGCAGCAUCGAAUGCAUCACCAAGAAGAAGAACUUCGCAGAAGACAACAAGAGAACAAUCUCUUCAUGCAGGCGCAUCAGUUAAACAGUCUCCUGGAACAGCAAGAACAGGCAUUGAGAGCCAAUCCUACAGACUAUGAUGCAGCAGCUGCCGAUCCAGUCAUUCGUGAUUAUGAUGCAGUUGGUGCUGAGGCAGGAACCAUCCCGCCGGAUCCAAAGGCUUUUAUGGAUGCUUACGACAGAGGUGCAAGUCGCUACGGUGAAGGUGCCCGGGGUGACUUGAGGGAGGAUUUGGGGGGUCCUGCGGCAGGCAGCCGCAGCCGCUGGGGCCCUGGGGGUGCUGACCGUAGGGGGGGUGACUACCCCUCAAAAAGGCGGCGCUACUAGGGACAUAGAUUCCAACAGUGGAUUGCUCCAUAACCCUUUCUUGACUCUUCAGUGGCACAUUCCAUUCUUUAGGGGAAAUAAUUGGACAAAAAGGUGUCAGAGUACAAAGACACAGUAGAUUCACUACUUCGUGCUUCACAAUAGAGCUACUUCCCCUUUGUUAAAUGACUUCUGUGUGUACUGUUUUAUGGCUGCAGUCAUGUUAUGAAGUGGGAAGAUUUCUCACAACUGAAAUGUGGCUUCACAUUUUUAAAGUGUGUAAUAUUUCAUAGGUAACUUAAUUUGAUGAGUAAAAGUUAAUCAUGGAUGUUUCUAAUUCUAUUAGAUGACGUUCUUCUUCUGGAGAAAUAUUUAGUCAAGAAAGGGUUCAGAGCUGUCAAAAUUAACUUUAAUUCAACCUGAAAUUGAAUCAGUAUCCACAUUUAAAAUAGCGUGGAAAUUUGUAUUCACUGAUUUAAAUUAACGUUCAGUAUCCUACUGGUGGUAUAAUCAGUAGAUUCUUUUAUUUCAUUAUGAAAUAGAUUUUUUAAGUUUAAGUAUGAUUGAGAACAGUUCUGAUUAAAUAGGAAUAGUCUUGUAAUGAUUAUGUUAUUGACAAACUUUUUAUUAAUAAAUGUAAAUCCAUAAAUAA